AUGGCAACUUUUAAUGCCUUUCAAGCAAUGCAAGUUCCUUCAAGGUCUAUUAGUUUGCCUGCAAGAUUGUUACAUCCUACUUCACUAAAGAUUGAAGAAAUGUUUAAAAAACUUAAAACCUGGGAUUCUCCAUCUGCAGCUGUGACUUUCAGUGGAAUCGAGGCUAUUCAAACUGGUUUGAUAAGGCUUGCAGAGUUGUAUGCUUGUGUGGAGGAGCUUUUCCACUCUCCCUUGACACAAAAAGCUCUUAAUAAUCAACAACAUGUGGAGUUGGUGGAAGAGGCUCUUGAUAGGUCAAUUGGAUUAUUGGACGCAUGCAGCAAUGCAAGAGAGUUGAUUUCGAGUAUGAAGGAGCAAAUGCAAGAUCUUCAGUCAGCUUUACGCAGAAGGGGUGGAGAUUACUCCACCAUUGAAACCAGUAUUCAAGCUUAUAUUAACUUCAGAAAGAAGUCAAAGAAGGACAUUGCAAAGUGCCUUGGAGCGCUAAAAAAAAUAGAAAACGUCCAUUUAACAAAUGCUGAUCAUCAAUAUCUUUUCUUGGUGAUUAAAGUAUUAAAAGAAUCCAGUGCCAUCACAAUCUCAAUCUUCAAAUCCCUCUUAUUGUUCCUGUCCAUGUCAGUGACAAAAUCCAAGUCUAGAGGAUGGUCAGUUUUGAUAUCGAAAAUUAUCCCAGUUGAGAAAGGCCACAAGGUUAUAAAUGAAGUGGAGUGUACGGAGAUGGCCCUCUACUCUUUACAGGUACAAAUGCGAGGAAACAAUGGCAAAGCCGAUGUGCAAAUGGCACUCAAGAAACUAGAAACAGUUGAUGGAAGUAUCAGAGGUCUUGAGAGAGGAUUAGAUUGUUUGUUCAGAGGCUUAAUCCAAAAUAGAAUGUCACUUCUUAAUGCUCUAACACCUUGA